AUGGGUUGCGUCAGGUCUGGCCGGAAUCGUGACGGAGGGGUAGAUCCUCACCGAGCGAACUUAAAGAACGGGGCCAGGCUGUCGGGCGCCGGUGAGGAUGUAAAAAUCGAGGGAAAUGUCGACGACGACAGAGAUGACGAAGAGUCAGCGCCGAGCUCCAACGACGGCGACGGAAGUGAUUCCGUCGGGAGCGAAAGCGACGGACAGCCGAGCCCCGAGAGGAAGCGGAAGAAGGUGAUGAAACCCCGGAACCACCGCCGGGGCUCUCAGGAAAACCUUCUCAGAUCGUGUUCAAACGACGAGCAAGAGCACGAUUUGGACGCUUGUCCAGGUUUGCCGCCCACCGACGGCCACCUGCCGCGUCCGGCGUCCUCCGAAUCCUGCCCACCGUCAUUGGGCGGCCCUACGUCUGGGCCCGGGUCCAGUGGCGGCAGUAGCAGCAAUAGCUACGGGGACGACGCUCCGGCGCCCGUUGCCGCCAGCAUCCUGCCCACCAGUGCCCGAAACAAGGGUUCCUCCUCGGAAGAGGAAAUUGUUUUCGACAAGAACGACGGUCAGUUUGACACCAUCAAACGACGCAAGAAGAAGAAGGUUCUGCUGGACUUUUCGAGCGACUCGGAGAUUCGCUCUGUAAAACAGGCGACGUUUUUGGAGACGGAGCGGAAGCGUCAUUCCGGCGGGGAAUUGGAAGUAGUCGCCUCUGUGGAAUUGGCGACGGAUUCCCCCAAGGACUGCGCUCACAAACUCGACACUGACGACAUCGCCACAAAACCGACGUCUUCCUCGUCGUCGACGUCGUCUUCGAAAAAGCAUCGCGACAGCGGGUUCAUCGGCAGCUCUGACGACCUUCUCGCCAUUCGCGCGUCUCGAUCAAACUCUGCUUCCCCGGCUGCAUCCGACGACAGUCAUUCCUCCAACAAAUCAUCGGCGUCGACGUCGUCGAGUGACGUCCCUGACGUUGUCGACAGUGAGCAAAAGACGGCGGCGGCGUCGUCGUCUUCGUCGUCGUCGGCGGUGUCGAGAAAGGACAGCUUCAACAACUGGAGCUCGGAUGAGGAGACCAACUUGAUGAUGUCUCGGAUGCGAGCCUUUUUCAAGAACAUGAUCAGCUCUGCGAACAAAGACGCGUCGGCGAGGGGCGUACCGAAAGUUAAGCCUCCGCAGCUGGUGAAUUUUGAGCAUAGGCUGACGAGUUUGAUGAAGACCGUGCCUGGGAUCAAUGAUGAACAGGUGAAGGAAAUUGUGGAAUACCUGAGCAGCGAGGACACGUGGAGCGAUUCCUACGACUCGUCGGAUUACACCAGUUCCGACCUGGAAGGGGCUUGCGCGAGUGUCGCAGUUGCAGAGCGUCCCGAAGAUUUGCAACACCAGAUUUCAGCCAGUUGUCAGGAGAUCAUCGAGCAGUUCGACGGGGCUGUCGGGAAGCCGCACAAUUCACCGCCGUCACCCACGACGACGUUGUCGACGUCGACACUGGCGACAACUGCGGCGGACUUUGUCCCGCCGUCGCCAGGCGGCGCCUCUGGCGGCGAUCAUUCUCCGCCGAUGUUUGCGCGCGUCAUGCAACACAUUGGCACGAGACUAGUCGCCCUGAUGCACGAGGUGUCGGAAACGGGCAGCGAGCACAGUGAGGACUUUUGGGCGUCCAACCAGCUCGUCACGUCGUCCCCGAAGCCCGUGCCGGCGUCCAUCAAAACCAACGCCGUCGACUCUCAAUCCGACGACGAAGAUGGCGUCACACCCAAGGCGUCCCCGUGUUCCACUCUCAAAACAGCUCUCAACACUCCGUCCUCGUCCAUGUUCUACUCGUCAUUUUCUCCCAAUGGCACCCCGAAGGCGUCCCCGCAUUCCACGCUCAAGACACCGAUUCCAUCUUCUGCGGACGCCGUUGUGGCUGUGGCUGUUGAGGCGACGACUAAACCCGCGGCGGCUGCUGCUGCUGGCGCCGCCGCGGCUGUUGUGACACCCGUGGUCGGUGGUGGGGGUGAGAGUGCGAGUGAAGGCGCCGGUGUUUCUGCGGCGCCUUCGUUGUCAUCGUCGUCUGGCACUGGGUCUGAAGUGACGAUCGUGGAGAAGCCGAUUAUUUUGGACGCCUCUCUGCUGGCGUCGUUGAAGGCGGCUGCCAUUAUUGGGCCGAUUGACGACCCCGAUGCGCCGCCGCCGCGUGAGCGAUACGUUGGCGACCCCGAGGAAGAACUGGCGCUCAUCAACUCUCUCAAGUUGAGCGAAGAUGCUGACAGUAAGUCUGGAUAUCAACCUUCGUGGUUGACCGAAGGUCGGAAGAAAGGUCGCACUGGUUGGAGGGUCGGACUCGGGGCAGCCAAAAGGUUCAAGUCCAAGAGUCAGGACGCUUUGGUUGUCAAGGCUGAAAAAGAAGCUGCUGCUGGCUCAGCAUCUGGGGAUGAACUGGACUCUCCUGUUCGCAAGACGCCGCAAAGCACGUCUCGUCUGCCAGCACUCAUCAGCCGCCACCGGACAUCCGCCGCGUCGCCGGUCGCCGUCGAAAGCCGCCAACGUCCGACUCCGACUCAUCAACCCGCUGAUAAAGUCUCAGUCUUUGGUUUCAUGAGUGCGUCGCCGGCGUCUGCGAAAAACACCGCCUCUUCCUCAGUGUCGCCGGCCAGUGUUUCCGUGCCUGCCAAUACACCGGCAGUGCGACUCACUCCUGCCACAGUGACGAUGACGAGUAAUUCGGGUUCGGGUCCAGUGUCGUCGUCGGGGACGUCGUCGGGCACGUCGACACCGACGGGGGUUCGAUCCGCGAGGUACAGGCCCAUGGGUGAACAGGCGAGUCCGGCGAUGACGCCCAAGAAUGCCGAGGGUCAAGAGUCGUCUUUGUUGAGGAGGGGCAGAGCUGGGCCUGGGUCGUCUGGGAACAAGUUGACCUAUUCUGUGCAAGGAACUGGAUCACCGAAACCGCGGAGUUCCGCAGCUUUGGCGCGACUGACCUCGCCUGCUUUGUCUGUCAUCUCCAAGACUUUGACCCCACCUGAAAGUCCUGCGGCUUCUUCCAGGGGCAGCGAUGGAAGCGUCGGCACCAGCAGUCCUCCGAUGUCUCCCCGCAAGAUCUCCACCAUGUCUGCCCCAGCUGUCAUCAGUCCCGCCUGGUCAGAGUCCGAGUCCGAAGACCUGGACAGAUACUUCGCAUAUCAACGAGGAAAAUCUUCGGUCCGAGAAGAGAGCAUGAGUGUCAACUCGACGCUCAGCGACUUGUCAGGUUUCACCGUCACCAACAUUGUUCCAGUGAAGGGCGAGGUUCAGUUUUCCGUCCAAUUCAACGAACAGGGAACCAACUUGGAGAUACACAUCAAGCAGUGUCGAGAAUUGGCUGCUGUCGAUUUGCGGAGGAAUCGAUCCGACCCGUACGUGAAAGUUUACCUUCUUCCGGACCGGACAAAAACUGGGAAGCGGAAGACAAAAGUGAAGAAGCACACUUUGAACCCGAUCUUUGACGAAGUGCUUCGAUUUCCAGGAACGCUGGAAGACUUGAUGGCAAGGACGCUGUCAUUGUCCGUAUGGCACAGUGAUAUGUUCGGCAGGAAUGACUUUCUUGGGGAAGUGACGCUGCCAUUGAAGUUGACUGAUCUGGCGAACCCCAUACCCAAGUGGUACAAGUUGCAAGAGAAGUUGCCAUCAAACGACGAUGCGGCGUUUUUCAAAGGGAGUCUCAUAGUGGCGCUGAAGUUCGUGCCUGCUGGCGGGUCGCCGUAUGGACUGGCGUACCUGGGCGGCCCACCGCCAGGUACGUCAGAGCGUGGUAUUGAUGUGCCGCCGCAGCUGGCCACGCCGCCAUUCUCACCACCUCCUGCCGGCACCGGCACUCUCCACGUCCUAGUCAAGGAAGGCCGCGACGUUGUCGGCGCCAGAUCUGGCGUCCCACUUGAUGCCUUCCUCAAAUGUUGGUUGUUGCCCGAUCGGAGUCAGAAGCAAAAGAGUUCGCCUGUGAAGCGUUCUAGCAGUCCAAAUUGGAAUCACACGUUUACUUUUGGCAACGUCACCCUGUCAGAUUUGCGGGACCGCUCAGUGGAGAUCACUGUUUGGGAUCAUGACCGUCUGACUUCCAAUUCAGUGAUUGGAGGAGUGCGAUUCAACUUGGGCACAGGGAAACAUUUCGGUCGUCCAGUGGACUGGAUGGAUGCCCGAGGUGAGGAAGAGGCCUUGUGGAGGAGUAUGAUGGAACGUCCAGGGCUGUGGGUGCAAGCGUGCUUACCUCUGCGAUGCACUUCUUCUGAAAAACUCUCCCAGCAUGCAUGAGGAAUAGAAUUUCUCCUUUUUUAGCAGUGGAACCAAGAACUCAGUGAGAUCAAAAGAAAUUUACUUUGGCUGGCCAAAAUCCUUUGGAGAUGGAGUAGGAGAUUUAGUUCGGGGAAUUGUUGUUGUGCCAAUUUUUCCCUAGCUAUUCUGGUAUUGUGAUCUGAAUAUUUCUUCAAAUGAUGUUUUCAGUUUCUGUUGAUUCUUGCAUUAUUUUCUUAAAUUUGGAGUGGUCUUUUACUUUUUCUUGCGUUAAUGUCUUACGGAAUCCUUGCCUUACAUAGGCAAUGAAGUGGAUGAGAAAUUGUUGGGCCUAAUUUCUUCCAAAGCUAUGCUGCGUUUGAAUGGUUGAAAUAUAUUUGUUCGUCGUUUUGCAAUAAAGUGGGGGAAUGUUCUCAAAAA